AUCUGGUUGUGUGUUUUCCUGGUCAGAUCUCGUGGCCGUGGGUGGGUGGUCACGUUUCUCCCUUGCCCCAAGACUGGUUUUUGAGUGGACCCCUCCCUUCAUGGCUUUGGGGUGGGUGGCCCUUGUCCUGGGAUGGCAUGGGUGGUGGGUGAUAUAUGGGUGUGUGUGUGUAGAAGUGAGCCAGACUCUGACCUUUAUAAAGUCCGAAGGCUGGCUGAGGCAGCAUCCAGGCCAGGAAAAACAGUCGAAUCGACGAGGUCAGGGAGCAAGAUGAGCUUCCAGCGGUUGUGGGCUGUGCGAACACAGUUUCUCCUGCUGUGGUUGCUGCUACCAGCCGUGCCUGUUCCGUGGGCCGAGGCCAGGAGGUCCAGAGUCUCGCUGCCCUGUCCCGAUGCCUGCGAUCCCACGCGCUGCCCGACUCUGCCUACCUGCUCGGCCGGCUUGGCGCCGGUUCCCGAUCGCUGCGGCUGCUGCCGAGUGUGCGCCGCGGCCGAGGGCCAGGAGUGUGGCGGGGCGCGGGGCCGGCCGUGCGCCCCAAGGCUGCGCUGCGGCGCCCCGUUCUCCCGGGAUCCCUCGGGGGGCGCGUGGCUGGGCACCUGCGGCUGCGCGGAGGGUGCUGAGGAUGCGGUAGUGUGCGGCAGCGAUGGGCGCACCUACCCCAGCCUAUGUGCGCUCCGCAAGGAGAACCGAGCCGCUCGCCAGCGGGGCGCGCUCCCGGCUGUGCCAGUGCAGAAGGGUGCCUGCGAGGAAGCAGGGACCACAAGAGCAGGGCGGCUCCGGAGAAAGUACAACUUCAUCGCCGCAGUGGUGGAGAAGGUGGCGCCGUCUGUGGUCCACUUGCAGCUGUUCCGCAGAUCACCUCUCACCAACCAGGAAAUCCCUUCCUCCAGCGGCUCUGGGUUCAUAGUGUCUGAGGAUGGGCUCAUUGUCACCAAUGCCCACGUCCUCACCAACCAGCAGAAGAUCCAGGUAGAGCUCCAGAGCGGGGCCCGGUAUGAAGCCACCGUCAAAGACAUCGACCAUAAACUGGACCUUGCACUGAUUAAGAUCGAGCCAGAUAACACCGUGACUGCAGGGAUUGUCAGCACCACACAGAGAGGCGGCAGAGAGCUGGGACUGAAGAAUUCAGACAUAGACUAUAUCCAGACGGAUGCCAUCAUUAACCAUGGAAAUUCUGGGGGUCCGCUGGUGAACUUGGAUGGCGACGUGAUUGGUAUAAACACUCUGAAGGUGACUGCAGGGAUCUCUUUUGCGAUCCCCUCUGAUCGGAUCAGACAGUUCCUGGAAGACUAUCAUGAGCGCCAGUUGAAAGGCAAGGCCCCUUUGCAGAAGAAAUACCUGGGUCUUCGAAUGCUGCCUCUCACUCUGAACCUCCUUCAGGAAAUGAAGAGGCAAGAUCCAGAGUUCCCUGAUGUGAGUUCUGGAGUUUUUGUAUAUGAAGUGAUUCAGGGAUCGGCUGCUGCAAGCUCGGGGUUGAGAGACCAUGAUGUAAUUGUCAGCAUAAACGGGCAACCUGUCACCACCACAACUGAUGUCAUUGAAGCUGUUAAGGACAAUGACUUUCUCUCCAUCAUUGUGCUUCGAGGAAGUCAAACCUUGUUUCUGACAGUCACACCUGAAAUAAUCAAUUAAGUAUCUUACUUUGAGAAACUGCCUAGCAAAACCAGUUAUAUUACCUGGUUUUGUAUCGAAGAGGUGCCAGAGAUGGCAGGGUCUUCUGGAGAUCAAGAAAAAUGGAUGCUUUAAAUGCAGAAGUUCAUGUUUGUGUGCAUACAUCAACACACACACACACACACACACACACACUCAUGGAUCCUGAGGUUGAGAGUGCUCUUCUGCCGCAAAAACCUUCCUAACUCAAAUGGAAACAGCUAUGGUGAUCUGAUAAAACUUGAUGACAGUAAGAACUGGAAAGCAGGCAAUUCCUAACUAAAUCUUGAUAGGAAACUUUAGUUACCUCCUAUACAGCCACAAACUGGUAUGUCACGCACAUGUACACAUAAUUACCUACCAAAUAUUAAGAACCUGAAUCUGGAGUAAAGAGGUAAUCACAUUUUAAAUAAUACCCCUUUGUAUACUGAAUUUCCCAGGUUAUAUCCACUCUGGGCCAGGGUUUGUGGAUAGAAAGGUCAUCACCUAUAAGACAUCUUGGAGCUGAUGACAUCAUACUACCACACAGGAGUGUGAUCAUUUUGGAGGUAGAAACAAUUUCGGACCUUUAGAGUUUCUGAGAAUGUCUUCUAUUUCUAUUAAAAUAAUUUUUCGAACCGUU